AGCGACGCAAGCAGCCGCGACGCCAUUUGUCGCGGCCCAGCGUGGGUGCAGGCUGAUCUCGGAAGAACUCGGUCGUAAGAUUCUCUCGCGCACGCGACCCGCUCUCCCCCGCCUGCUUCGUGUCACGCUGUCCCACGCGUCGCCCCUCGGAGGAGUCGCCGCCGCCACCCAGAUAGGAGUCGGAGACGCAGCGAGGCCGUCGUCACCGCCAUGCCUAAGAAUAAAGGUAAAGGAGGUAAAAAUAGACGCAGAGGUAAGAAUGAGAAUGAAUCUGAAAAGAGAGAGCUGGUGUUCAAAGAAGAUGGGCAAGAGUAUGCUCAAGUAAUCAAAAUGUUGGGAAAUGGACGAUUAGAAGCGAUGUGUUUUGAUGGUGUAAAGAGGUUAUGUCACAUCAGAGGGAAACUGAGAAAAAAGGUCUGGAUAAAUACCUCAGACAUUAUAUUGGUUGGUCUACGGGACUACCAGGAUAAUAAAGCUGAUGUAAUUUUAAAAUACAAUGCAGAUGAGGCUAGAAGUCUGAAGGCAUAUGGCGAACUUCCAGAACAUGCUAAAAUCAAUGAAACUGAUACAUUUGGUCCUGGAGAUGAUGAUGAAAUCCAGUUUGAUGACAUUGGAGAUGAUGAUGAAGACAUUGAUGAUAUCUAAGUCGAACUCAACCUUUCACAUUCCACUUUCUUUGAGGAUUAUUCAACAAUUUGGAUUUUGGCUGUGACCCGUUAAAGAAGAUUAAAAUUUCAUUAGCAUGAGUGCAAUUUGUUAAAGCAGACUGAUUUAUUUCUAAGGUAUUUCUUUAAAAACUGGUAAUGCUGAAUUCUCUUAAAUGUUAAACCCACUUUGUUCUUUUGAUGUGACGGAGCUUGUGGGUAAAAGACCACAUCUGCUCUUCUAAAAGAGAAAAAAAAAUGCGUUACUGCCUUUCCCACUUUGACCACUUCCAGUAAGUAAAUGGAUGUUUUGAAUAAACCAUUUGCCGUACACGCAUUAUGAAUUAUAAUUAAGCCCUAGUUUUGACUAGCCUGUUUACUGUACAGUGAAUUUUUGUAUAUUCCAGUUACUUAGAUGGAUGUUCCCUUGAGAUUUUUUUUGGUACAAUUUAAUGGAGGCAGAAAUCUGCAUUUGAAGUCAAAAAUGACUGGUCUGUUUUUCAUAUUUAAGUAGCAUGUGGCUAUUUUUAUACUAGUUUUGAUAUUGUAUACAUUCUUUUCAUGAUCUUAUUUUGCCACUAUAAACAUCAACAAAAAAGGCGGUUUUUAGAACCUGAGUUUUAAUAGCAAUUUUGAACUUGUAAAGUUGAUAGUUGCAGAAAUCAAACACUAGGUGGCACCCAGUUAUCUUAACAUUGGAGAUACUGAUAUAGUUGUCAACUUUUUUUUCUUUUAACUUACUGUGCAUAGGAAAUUUCCCAAACAACAAAAGAUUGUUUUGAUCAUAUGCAUGUAUGUAGAAUAUUUUUGCAGAACAAAAAGAUUAUGUUCAAAGUGUCAUUUUAUUUUCAGAAGUCAUAUACGUGUGAGCUACAAUUUUGAGUGCUUUAUAAACACUUAAAUUAUGUGUAAAUGAAAAUUUAAUUUCAUAACAGUUUGUACAAAUUAAGCCUUUGGGAGAGUAUCCCUAAGCUGGGGAAAGAGGAGGGAAUAACAACUUAAUGAAAAGAUGGUCUCCAAUUUCUGAAUGGAAGAACUACAUACAGUGGAGAAAUAUAAUAAAGACAGUAUCAUGCUGCAGAGUAUAUUAUACCCUUA